AUGUAUCGUGGGAUUCUUCUGCUCGGGUUUUUGGCUUUGGUAGUUGAUGCCCAAGUUCAAACCGAUCCAAUUGUGAAUUUCUGCAGGAGGAUAUGGCAUUCGUCGGUUAUUAGGGAUGAAGUCUUGUAUAUUAAUGGCGGACUCCAAUCGUACAGCAAUGUCAAUAGCACUACUGGAGAGAAGUACGGGAAUCUAUCAUAUGGCAUCAAUCAAUACGUUAUCAGGAUGGACUUGACAGCAACUUGGAACUGGCGAAACUCUAGUUCUCCCAUCUCACUAAUCCAAAAAACCGCCAGCAGCGAAACACCUCCUAACCUCUCCCGUGGCGCAUUCUAUGCCGGCCCCUCAAAUGAUACUAAGCUUUAUACCUACGGUGGAACAGUGGAUUCAUCACUUAAUAGUUCAUGGGAUGGCUUCCAGCGCCCUACUUCAAACCAGUAUGCAUUAUGGUCGUAUGAGCUUAAUACUGGUAACUGGGCGCAUGAGAACACGACCGGUGAUACUACUUUGAUUAGGCCAGCAUCCGGUGCGAGCGCAGAGGCAAGUGAGCUGGGGCUCGGAUUUUGGUUCAAUGGAGAGCAGGAUAAUGGGACGUCGUCUGAGUCGAAAGACUUGUAUACCACAGUAAAGUUUUUGAAGGGGAUGAUAGUUUUGGAUUUCAAUACUGGCGAAGCCAAGAAUCUUUCAACAUCUGCAGUCAGCGACUUGGCGAGGGUUAGAGGAGAGAUGGUUUAUAUUCCAGGAGUUGGGGAAAGGGGGAUAUUGGUUUUGAUGGGUGGAGGAGAGAAGGGGGCGGAAUAUGAGGAUGCACAGGAGUAUGGUACUUUGGUUUCGAUGGCGCAAGUUGAGAUAUUUGAUGUUGCAUCACUUUAUAAUGAGAGCACACCGGACGGGACGUGGUAUUCACAGAGGGCAACUGGUGAUGUUCCGGCUGCGAGGGUUGAUUUCUGCCUAGUAGUUGCCUCUGCACCAGACGGAUCCAGUCAUAACAUUUACAUGCACGGCGGACGCGGUACCAGUGGCGACUACUAUGAUGACAUUCACGUACUUAGUAUACCAUCCUUCACAUGGACAAAGAUCUACUCCGGCACUGCUUAUCGUUACGGGAUGAAAUGUCAUCUCGCCGGAAACCGCCAAAUGAUCACGGUUGGUGGUUCCCAAGAAGGAAGAUGGACAGACAACUGUGAUUGGGAAUAUAGAAGCGUAGGGUUCUAUGACAUGUCGACAACAGAAUGGGGCCCUACCUUCUUCGCAGACGCUGCGCCUUAUCAGGUUCCAAGACGCAUCACCGACGUUAUCGGCGGAAACGGAAAUGGCAGCGCAAAACUAAUAGCUCCAACCUCCGGCUUCCAGGACGCCGCGCUCUACUCCCUCUUCCCAAACUCCUCCGACGGGCAAACAUCCGCCACCGGCACCGCAACUGGUGCACCCGUUGACACAUCAUCAUCAUCGUCUUCGUCGUCGAACACUGGAGCCAUCGCUGGCGGCGUUAUUGGCGGCCUUGCAGGCAUCGCUUUGCUCGGCGCAGGUCUCUUUUUCCUCCGUCGCCGCCGUCGCCAGCAGCCAGCGCCGGCAUACACUGCUGGAGACCCUGCAAUUGAGGCAGGAAGCCAAUCAUUAUACGAGAAGGACGGAACACUGAAGGUGAACCACGAGCUGCAGGGUGACGCAGCGUUCCGUGAGGAUAAUCUACCGCUGGCGGAAAUGCCUGGUGGCAUAUCGACACAUCCGCCGCUGGAGCUGCCGGGUGAAUCUGCGCCGCAGAGAGAGCCGGGGGCUAGUAAAUUUGGUGCUCGAUUUGGUGCUCUAUUCGAUGCUGUAUUUGGUGCUGGAUUUGAUGCUCCAUUUAGUGCUCGAUUUGGUGCUGGAUUUAGUGCUGGACUUAGCGCUCGAUUUGCUGCUAGAUUUGGUGCCAGGUCGCUGCUAGUGUUCAAUUCUCUCAUUAGCGCAUAUUUUGAUGAUAACUCUGAUGCUCAGGGCGGGGAGGCGGGCGGGGUAGAUGGCACGGAGACGGUGGGAGGGCGGGGUAGAUGGUACGGAGAUGGUAGAGGUGAUGGAGUCGAUGAGCAGGCGCAGGCGGCUUGA